GUUUAAGAAGCGCUUUGCAACAGAAUCGGCGUAAUGAAUACGCCCCAUGCAGGUAGCUACCUGGGUCACGUGGACCGCAGCGCACACAGGUAGGUGCAUCACAAAAAAAAGGAACAUUCACCAUUACACUGCGAUGAGGUGUGCCGGAGAUUUUGCAUAGAUUACCAAGCAAUCAAGAAGCCACUAAAAAUAUCUGGAGUUGCUGAGCACACCUUUGCGCAUAGGUGUGUGGGUGGCUGGAUUCUUUGGGUUCUAUACUGUUCUGGGGGUGUAGCUGUAGGUUAUUUUCUAUUACUUUUGGGUGUAAUUAGAGUAGGUUCUUUUUGUAUUUAUCCUGAAAAUGACGGCUCAGGUAGACUACCUGGCGGUGUUGUUCACCACCACAUCUGGCGCGAGCGGAGACCUCUUGGGUUCGGACGAGACGGAGCUCGAGCAGUUGGUGUGGCAGCUCGUGGACUUGAAGAACAAAAAGUUGGGAAAGGUGAAUGAGGUGUUAAUACGGCCUGAGCACUCGGACCUUACAGAAGAUUGUCUGGGGGAGAGAGAGGACAGCGUGGAGUCUGUCUCUACAGUCACAGGCUUGGAGCACGCGCUAAACCAGUUCCAUCUGAGAUUGACCAAUGAGGUGAACAGCUUGGGYGCRGGCACGUCAGUGUGUGUGUGUACGGACGGGCAGCUCCACAUUCGCCAGGUUCUCCACCCCGAAGCUGCGGGCAAGAACCUGGCACUGCCAGAAUGUUUCAACUCCUUUUUUGACCUGAAGAAAGAGUUCAGGAAGCACUUCCCCUCUGCAGACACCAAGAGCCUGGAGGUGCAGUACAUGGCAGAAUCUCUCAGUGUAACUGUGGAGCCAGUAGCCAUAUUGGAGCCGCCGGCCGUACUGGAUCCAACGGCUGUGUUGGAUCCGACGGCCAUGUUGUCACCGGUCACAGCAGCACUGCAGGUCCAGACCAUGGCCAACAUCGUCCUAGCCCUGCUAUUGGAACCCUUAUGUCACACAUUCUCAAACCCAGAGAGAGUCACUGAGAAGUUUGAAAGCGGCACUUGCAGUAAGAUGGAGCGUGUGUGUGACAACACAGUGAUCAGAGCAAGGGGGUUGCCGUGGCAGUCAUCUGACCAGGACAUCGCUCGCUUCUUCAGAGGACUCAACAUUGCCAAAGGUGGUGCUGCGUUGUGUCUGAACGCCCAGGGUCGGAGGAACGGAGAGGCUAUGGUCCGCUUCAUCAGUGAAGAGCACAGAGACAUGGCCCUGCAGAGACACAAACACCACAUGGGCAACAGAUACAUAGAGCCUGUACUGAGCAGUAUGAUUGGUCAGUCCAGCAGCGGUGAUGCUCUGAUGCCCUUCCCCCCUCUCUUGACCAAGCAGGGACGGCACUACCUGGACCUAAACAUGCUGUAGAAGGCUCAAAGAUCCACACACUGACACUCACUACCCACACACUAUACCAGGGGUGUCAAACUAAUUUUACCCCAAGUGCCGCAGUGGGGUUUCACCCAGAUCUGGAGGGCCACAUUGGGGUUUCACCCAGAUCUGGAGGGCCACAGUGGGGUUUCACCCAGAUCUGGAGGGCCACAGU